AUGAUUUCGCCAACUGUGGCUGGGAGCAGGCAUUUUGGCAGACACCUCGGCUCGCUUCUCGUCGUUGCUGCGCUUUGUGUCGCCUUGGUCAACGGCCAAGCAGAGACCAAAGCCUCACCGUCGCCCUCGCCUUUGCCCUCGCCGUCUCCUACAACGACGCCGCCGCUGGCCGAGGAGCAGGAAAAGUACUCUUCUCUGGCACUCUUUGUCGUUCUGUCGCUCCUUAUUGGCAGCUUCUGGACGAGCUACUACCUCAAAGUCAAGCGCAUCACGGCCGUUCAUGAGACGAUCGUCGGCCUCUUUGCAGGCAUGUUCGUUGGCGCAGCGCUGCGGGUCGGGCCGGGCGAACAGGUGCAGAAGAUGCUCAGCUUCAGCAAUACUAUCAUGCUCAACGUGCUGCUGCCGCCCAUUAUCCUUGCUAGCGGCUACGAUCUUCGCCAGGAGAACUUCUUUCGCAACUUCGGUAUCAUCCUGACGUUUGCCUUCGCGGGCACUUUCAUCAGCGCCGUCGUCGUGGGCGUCAUCGUAUACCUCUGGUCGCUCCUUCACCUUGAGUCACUCUCGCUGACGCUGCUCGAGUGUCUCAUCUUUGGCUCUACGCUCAGCGCCACAGACCCCGUGACGAUCCUGGCCAUCUUCAAUACGUACAAGGUGGACCCGGAGCUAUACAGCAUCAUCUUUGGAGAGUCUCUCCUCAAUGAUGCAGUCUCCAUUGUCAUGUUCGACGUCCUGUCCACCUUUCGCGGCAAGGCCAUCAGCAUCGCCUCGCUCUUCCACGGUAUGGGCCUCUUCCUCUUCGUCUUCACCUUCAGCAUGGCCCUGGGCGUCGGCUUCGGUCUCUGCUGCUCGUUGAUGCUCAAGCACAGCCGCCUGUCGACGUAUCCACAGCUUGAGAGCUGUCUGGUGGCCCUCAUCGCGUACACCAGCUACUUCUUCAGCAACGGCGUCACGAUGAGCGGCAUUGUCAGCCUCCUCUUUUGUGGUAUCACUCUCAAACACUACGCAUAUCACAACAUGUCGAGAAGGACCCAACGUGCGACAAAGUACAUCUUCCAGACGCUUGCCAAUCUGUCGGAGAACUUCAUCUUCAUCUAUCUCGGACUCAGUCUGUUCACGCAGACGACGCUCGUCUACAAGCCCAUCUUCAUCUGCAUCACUGUCGCUGCCGUCGUCUUUUCGCGCUAUGCCGCAGUGUUCCCCAUUGCCGCAUUCAUCAACAUGAUCAAGCGAGCACGACUUCGUCGUCGGAGCCGGACCCGGUCGGGAGCCGGCCAUCUGCGCCAGGCGAGCCAGAACAACUCCGACGAAGAGCUGCCGCGCGAGUACCAGAUGAUGCUCUUUUGGGCUGGGCUUCGCGGUGCCGUCGGCUUUGCCCUGUCAGCCGGUAUCGAGGGCCAGAACGCGGAGGCGCUCCAGACGACGGUGUUGGUGGCCGUCGUCAUCACCGUCAUCGUGUUUGGAGGCACGACUGCGCAGAUGCUCGAGAUUCUCGGCAUCAAGACGGGUGUCGAGGACGAUGAGGGCGAUUCCACAGACGAGGAGGAGGCUGCCGAGAUUGCUCAAGCGAGGUUGAGGAGCAUGCGAAGGAGACGCACAUACGCCAACGGGGCAGGUGGUCAUAGCAAGAACAUUUCCUCUGCUUCGUCGAGCAGCGCGAUGCUGAGGGGCGUUGGCAGCACGUACAGGGACGAGGAAGACAUGCCGGGGACCGCACCGGCAGCGCUAGGGUCGCGGCCGCAGCAGUGGGCCAGCCCACAAUCGACGUAUGACGACGAUGACGAUGAUGAACGUUCUUCGUCGAGCUCAACAGAGGUUCUCCCCUCUGCUCGCCGGUCUUCGUCUGCCAUCUACGGUGGCGGCAUUGGAACACCGGAAUCAGCGAGUCGACGGGCGAGUAUCGGCGAUGCGCUCAGCAACGUCGCCGACUUGGGCCCAGAAGCCUUUGCGGGCGAGGAGGAACGACGUAGUGUGGGCAAGUUCCUGCAACGCGCCGGCCUCAUCGUCCGGGACGGCCGCUGGUUCUCGACGCUGGACCAGCGCUACUUGACGCCGCUCUUCACCAACAGCGUGGCGAGCAGGAAGCACGAGGAGCGGCGAGCGAUGCGGAGGAGCGAGGUCGCCCUCGCACGCGAGGAAGAGGAGCAGGGCGCUGGCUCGUCGUCGGGCCGAAGCGCGUGGCGCGACUCGAUGAGCGCAAUGGGCACAAGUUCCAGCCGGCCGGGUUUGGGCCCAAACGACUCGCUGGGACCCCUGGGCCAGGAGAGGGACGCAGACGUGCUCGAGGAAGAAGACGAAGAGGACGACGGCGAUGCAUGCACGGGUGCCGCGGCAGAGACGGGCCAGCUCAAGAGGCUCAACAGCACCGGCAACGCAACGCCCAGGCGGACGCACAGCAGAACGGGGUCCGACGACCAGAUGGGCAGCGACGGAUAUGGAGGCGCAGCAGCAGCAGCAUCAGGUAAAGGAGGGGGGGCCGGAGGAGGGGGAGGUGUGGCUGGUGCAUUUGCCCCUUCGUCUUCAUCAUCAACGACGGCACCCUCUACCGGGCGGAGAGGAAGUCGGCUAGUAGACCUCUGA